ACGCAGAGACAGAGAGAGAGAAAACUGGCAUCGGUGUUGGUGGUAGUGGGAUCACCUGAGAGGCAGCAGCACCUUCAUUUACAUCAAGAGGAGAAACGGUCACAGUCUGCACCGGGAAAACUGUUGUUAUCACUGCUUGUUGGAGCAGCACGAGGAGACUAUUGCAAGAGGAGGAGAAGGAGAGUGGAGGCUGGAGCCAGAGCUGGAGCAGCGACAGAGGAAAGAGAGGAUGAGAAGCAUCGCUACCACCUGACUCAUUCUGGGAGUCAGCCUCAGCACCUGCAGCGGCGGUCUGAGUACUCCGGCCAUCAAGGAGACUGGGGCAGACGGGGGAGAGAGCUGCUGAGAUUAUGCAUGGGGCAGCGAGCUCCUGUGGAUUCCCCAUCUUUUGCAGCAGCAACAGCAGCAGCAGCAGGAGGAGCAGGAGCUGUGGCUCUACAGAUAGCAGCAGAGCUAGCUGGAGCUGCAGCAGAAUAAAGAUCUGUAACUCCAAAGCGAUUUAUUUAUCCCGAGAUGAAGGUAGCCAAGGUGUAACAGGAAUCAGCUGUCGAUGUAGCAACAGUGUUGAAUGUACCUGUAGCCAAAGCAGUAGCUGCAGCGCUGGUGCAAAGGUGACCACAGCAGUGCAGUCAGGUGUAGUUGUAGCAGUAACAGGGGGGAGCAGUGGCUCUGGACGCUGAAUGACCAGCGUGGCUGAUGAAGGCCACCUGGAUCCGCUUGCUGAAACGAGCCAAGGGAGGUCGCGUCAAGAACUCUGAUGCCUGUGGUUCGGCCGACUCCUACACCAGCCGUCCAUCAGACUCCGAUGUGUCCCUGGAGGAGGAUAAGGAGGCAGUGCGCAGAGAGGCAGAGCGACAGGCUCAGGCACAGCUCGACAAGGCCAAGACUAAACCAGUUGCAUUUGCUGUUCGCACAAAUGUCAACUACAGCCCCAGUCUUGACGAUGAUGUCCCCGUGCCGGGCAUGGCCGUCUCCUUUGAGGCUAAAGACUUCCUCCACGUCAAAGAGAAAUUCAACAACGACUGGUGGAUAGGACGCCUGGUGAAGGAAGGCUGUGAAAUUGGUUUCAUCCCCAGUCCAGUGAAGCUUGAAAACACUCGUAUCCUCCAGGAGCAUAGAGCCAAACAGGGCAAGUUCCACUCCAGUAAAUUGGGAGCAAACUCAUCCUCUAGUUUAGGUGAAGUGGUUCCUAAUUCACGGAAAUCUACUCCUCCUUCCUCUGCCGUUGACAUAGACGCCACAGGCUUAGACCCAGAGGACAAUGAGCUUCCAGUCAACCUGCGCUCCCCUAAAGCCAGUCCAAACACUGUCAUGUCACCCCUAGCAAAAGAGAAACGAAUGCCUUUCUUUAAGAAGACGGAACACAUUCCUCCGUACGAUGUUGUGCCUUCCAUGCGGCCUGUGGUUCUGGUUGGACCGUCACUGAAGGGCUAUGAGGUGACAGACAUGAUGCAAAAAGCACUGUUCGACUUUUUGAAACACAGAUUCGAGGGAAGAAUAUCAAUCACUCGCGUGACGGCGGACAUCUCUCUUGCCAAACGCUCAGUCCUCAACAACCCCAGCAAGCACGCCAUCAUUGAACGCUCCAACACACGCUCCAACUUGGCUGAAGUCCAGAGUGAGAUCGAGCGGAUUUUCGAACUGGCUCGGACAUUACAGCUCGUGGUUCUGGACGCAGACACCAUCAACCACCCGUCGCAGCUGGGGAAGACGUCCCUCGCACCCAUUAUCGUUUAUGUCAAGAUCACCUCUCCCAAGGUGCUGCAGAGGCUCAUCAAGUCCAGAGGCAAGUCUCAAGCCAAACACCUCAACGUCCAGAUGGUGGCAGCCGACAAACUGGCUCAGUGCACUCCUGAAAUGUUUGACAUCAUCCUGGAUGAGAACCAGCUGGAGGACGCAUGUGAGCACAUGGCCGAUUACCUGGAGGCCUACUGGAAAAGCACUCACCCCACCAGCUCAAGUCCACCAGACCCACUGCUAACAAAGCUGCCCACAGCCCCUCUGCCCUCCAGCACAGCCCCCGUCCCUGGUGUGCAGGGCAGUGGUACUGACCAGAAAGGAGAUAAAGCAGUAGUGGAGAGAAAGGGCUCCAGAGAGGAUCACCAGCACCAUCACCACCACCACCACCACCACCACCAGAGCCAAGACCAGGGGGACGCAGACGCUGAGGCCGAGGGAGAGGGCAUCGAGGAGGAGAGGCCCCUAAGGACAGAGUCAUCCAGGAGGGCCCAGCACGUCCACCACCGUUCGUCUUCCACCAGGACUGAGCACCACAAUCACCACCAUCACCACCACCACCACAGCAGUCGAGCCAGGGGCCUGUCCCGGCAGGAGACGCUGGACUCAGAAACACCCGAGAGCAGAGAAAGCAGAGAGAGCAAAGACUCUACCUACAUGGAGCAGCGUACUCAGCUCCUCCACCAGGAGGAGGAGGAGGAGGAGGACGAGGAGGAGGAGGUGGAGGAGGAUCUAGGGGAAGGCCAUCCCCAGCAGCAACAACGUUACGAGCCGCUGCCCCACCGGGACCACAACCACCACCACCACCACCACCAUCACCGCGGGGCGGACGAGGCCGGCCACAGCACGGGACACCAUCGGUCCAAGGAGCGCGAACAGGACCAUAACGAACGCAACAAGCAGCGCUCGCACCACCACCACAGGCCCACGCGCGACCACCACCAUCACUACUACGACCGGGAUAGAGACAGGGACCGAGAGGGGGAGGUGGCUCCCAAAAAGAGGGGUGACACAGGGGAGUGGGCCAGAGACUCAUACAUCCACCAGUAACAGACCAAAAUCCCAUGAUUCCUCCAAAAAGACAGAGGGGAAGCUUUUUGGACUCACUUCCUCUUAAAGACCAUUUUGUUGUCCCAUCGUGCUGCUAUGCCCUGAAACCACAGCAUCCUAUUUAUGUACACGUCCUUUGUAAAUGCUGUUGCAACUUUUUAAUUGACAGGAUUUUGAUUACAUAGAUACAAAUAUAAAUAUAUAAAUAUAUAUAAAUAUAUAUAUAUGUAUGUGUGUAUCUAUGCAUAGACGUUGUUUAUGUGUGGAUAUGCAUGAAUAUUCUCAAAUAUGCAUAUUUUAAACCUGUGUUUGACAAAGCAUGACACGAAAGCAGAAUUUUUUUCUGUACUGAGCUGUGCUUUCUGUGAUUAGCAAUUUAAUUUUUAAUGUUUUUAAUAUUUUGGUUUAGUUUUUUUUUUUUUUUGUUUUGUUUUUUGCUUGCUACCACUUGAAUAAUUUGUUCCUUCAGACUACUGCUGGGGUUGACAGCUAUGGUUGACUAAACUUAGUUUGAUGCUGUAUUUGCAGAGGUCUUUUUAAUUUUAUGUUCAUUAAUUGCGUAGUUCCUUUUUUUUUUUAAAUUCUGCAUCCAUGGUUCUAGACAUUCAGACAUAUUUAUGCCUCCUUCGAGGUGCACCUUAGUCUUGCCUUACAAGACAAAAAGAGUUCUUCAAUAACGUCCUCUCUUACAUGCAGUACUGUUCUCUUUGUAUGGGUCCAGAAACAUUUUAUAACAUUGAUACACCCUUUAUUCUGCACUUUUACUGAUUCACAUUGGUUUCAAGUGAAAGCAAUUUGAUAUAACAUUGCAACUUAAUGCUGGUCUACUACCAAACCUCCAUUUAGGUUAAUCUUUUAUUAAGUCUGACCCCUUUUUCUAAUGAAUGUUGUUGAACUCCCACUUUAAUUCCCAGUUCAUAGUUAAAAGAAUGUUAAGUUUGGAUAUCCUCUUCAGUAUAUUCCUCACUGAAAUUAAUUUGCAAAAGCUAAUCCAAACAAUUAAAUGUUUACCAAGAC